ACCUUGGAGAGAGCCGGGUACGGCUCCAUGUCACGGUGGGCAUAGUGCUCCAGGAAGGGGUGUAGUGUUCUAAAGGAGGCAAGAAAGGAGACACGAGGGGAAUUCGCUGCCCAAGGGGAUAAACAAAACCUUACAGUACACCAUGCCUGCUCAAAAUAAAGAUGAUGGAGGAUGGAAGAAGUUUAUAUGGGAUUCGGAGAAGAAGGAAUUUCUGGGACGCACCGGUGGUAGUUGGUCAAAAAUCUUCCUCUUCUAUCUCAUCUUUUAUGGCUGCCUGGCUGGGAUCUUUAUCGGCACCAUCCAGAUUCUCCUCCUCACCCUGAGCGAUUACAAACCCACCUGGCAGGACAGAGUAGCCCCUCCAGGGCUCACUCACUACCCACGUUCAGACAAGGGUGAGCUGAUCGUCAGUCCGGAUGAUGAUGAUACCUUCAGGACAUACACCAAAGCCAUGAAAGAAUUCCUAGACUCCUAUGACACAGAAAAACAGGCGGACAUGAUGACGUUUGAGGACUGUGGAGAUCAACCCGGGGAAUACAAGAAUAGAGGUGAUCUAGAGAGUGACAUGGGUGUCAGAAAGGCAUGCCAGUUUUCGAGGUCGUGGCUAGGACCCUGUUCUGGCAUUGAGGAUCGUAAUUUUGGAUUCUCAGAUGGAAAACCCUGCUUGAUUAUCAAGCUCAACAGGAUUGUGAACUUUAGACCCAAGCCACCAUCGUCAAAUGAAAGCAUUCCAGAGGAGGCAAAGCACAAAGUCCAGCCCAACGUGAUUCCUCUCCACUGCACAAACAAGAAAGAAGAGGAUGCAGGUAAGCUCGGCGAAGUGAAGUACUACGGUAUCGGCGAAGGCUUUCCCCUUCAGUAUUACCCCUACUACGGGAAGCGCCUGCACUCUCACUACCUGCAGCCCCUGGUGGCCAUCCAGUUCGUCAACAUCACCCUGAACACGGAGAUCCGCGUGGAGUGCAAAGUGUUUGGGGAAAACAUUUAUUACAGCGACAAGGAUCGCUACCAGGGACGAUUCGAUGUUAAAAUUGGUGUCAUGACCAAAUCAUCAUGACCUCUGAACAGAGUACCUCCACUCUCUCCCUAUUUAAAGGCUAACUAAGGCCCCUCUUCUGACCUGAGAUACAAAGGCACCACAGAGAAGUUUCUCACCGGUCUUCCACAGUGUUUAACCGAGGGGAUGUUUUUUGAAUGUACAAGUGUCUCAUGUCAGAAAGAGGCCAGUUUAGUUUAGGAGAGAUUCAUUUAAAACAAAAAAAAGAAAAGCAAAGCGAAGAAAAGAUUAUUUAAAAACACUAGUCUAAAACAACAUACCAUCUUACACAUGUGGGACCUAACAUUGUCUGUACUCUUUACUUCAAGCUUUCUGCUUUCAGUCUAGGGUUAGAAUGUAAACGCCUGGAGGAUUAGCCAUAGCAUAAAAUAUUUAUUCUAUUACCGAAUGAGAAGUGUCCACGAUCAAAGGGGCAUGUUGUUUUACUGUAAAUUACAUUUCCUCUACCGAUGUAGCCAGCACUGUUUUGUCCCUCUUGUAUUGUAUUGCUGCCUCGUGUGAUUUCCCUAUAUUUAGAAAGUGCACAGUAGUUGCAUAUGUAGGUUGUUUCGAGCCACGCCAUGUGUGUGAUUCAGCUUCAUUUGUCAAACGUGCCUACAUAUAUGUAUAGUUACUUAAUGGAAAUACACUGGCCUCUUAACAUUGCCUUUCGGGGGUAUUGAUGUUCUAUCUUUGCAUCUUUUAGGUGUAUUAGGUGGGUGAUGAACUUUUUUUUCCCUAAAAUCACUACAAUGUAGGGAGAAGAUUGUACUUCUCUUUUAAUGAUUCGUUUUCACAGAAUGUAGAUGUUGCCUUUGGUUUUAUGGUGUCAUUCACGUGUGGAGGGAACCGCUAGCUUUGACGUUUUUUUUUCACAUCUUUGUUUUCUUCCUUGCCUUGUCGUUCUUCUUCUUCUUGAAGACGUCACACGGCAUGGUCGAAUGUUCCAAAUUCCCAUAUUUAUUAAGUGGUGAUCUUAAAUAUUCUGUUCUUGCACAUGCUCAUGUUCUGCAGAAACUCGUCAUGAAUGUUAAUAAUGCCAAAGCCAUUAAGAUUAUUCUAGAUUUGAUCAGAAGUAAUACCCUGUCCAUCGGGAUGUUUUGUAGGUGUGCGCAAUCAGUGUCAAACAUCAGAAAUGUCAAAUUUCACGAGUCCCACAAGCUCUCAUGUUGAAACUGAACUGGAAAAGACUUACCAAAAUAAAGCUGAGACUCUAAA